AUGUUGCUGGACAAGGCCACAUUUCCACCCCAUCAACAACCUGCGGGUGUUCUAUUCAUCCGGCCUUCGUCAGAAGAUCAAGAGAUUGUUUCAAUGGAAGUCGGUGAUCAGUUUUCUGACAGUGAACAUUUUAAAGAUGCACUUAGGAAUUUUGCUAUCAAACGCAAUUUUAUCUUUACAUUCAUCAAGAAUGACAAGCAGAGAGUGACUGUCAAGUGUGCUGCUGAAGGUUGUGAAUGGCGUGCCCACGCGUCCAUGGAAGGUAACCACCAGACAUUUAGGAUCAAGACGAUGUAUCCCACACACACGUGUGGUGGCUGUAUUGGCAAAUCCUUACAUCCCAAGGCAUCAAAAAAGUGGGUGAGUGCACGUGUCAUACAUAAGCUGAAUGACCGUCCCCUGUAUAGGGCUAUUGACAUUCAGCAUGAUAUGUUGCGAGACCAAGGUGUCUAUUUAUCCUAUAAACAAGCUUGGCUAGGGAAAGAGGUCACCAAGGAGGUUUUGCAUGGGAGUAAGGUGGCGAGCUAUGACUUAUUGAUGUGGUACGCGAAGAAGGUGUUAGUGACAAACCCUGGUAGCGUUGCUAUCGUAGAGAAUGACAGUCCCGGUUUCAAGCGUGCGUUUUUUGACUUUGAAGCAUGUGUCAUUGGUUUCAAGACAGGAUGUAGGCCAUUGCUGUACCUAGAUGAAACUCACUUGCUCGGUAAAUACAUGGGCACUUUGUUAGGUGCAACGGGAAAAGAUGGGAACGAUGGUUUUUUUCAUGUGGCAUUUGUAAUCGUAGAUAAUGAAACAGAUGCGAACUGGACGUGGUUCUUGUCAAAGCUUGGAGAUACUAUAUAUGAUAAUGAUGAAUAUGUGAAACUUAUUACAUUUAUAUCUGAUAGGUCCAAGGGCCUUAUCAAUGCUGUCGCGAAGGUAUUCCCUUCCUCACCGCAUGUAUAUUGUUUGCGCCACUUGGAAGCAAACUUCAUGAAAGCAAAUGUCAGACUUGAAUUCGAUGAGGCUGUUGCCGAUCUGUUAAACACAUCGGCGGAUGCACAUCAAUGGUUGAUGCAGAAAUCUGAUUUGGCACACUGGGCGAACUACAUGUUCAAAGGUGAGAGAUGGGGGGAUAUGUACUCAAACGUGGCGGAGUCGUUUAAUGCAUGGAUAAAAGAGGCACGCCAUCUCCCUGUCACAAACAUGGUAGACUCGAUAAGAUGGGAGAGACGUCUAUGUCCUGUCAUACAUCGAAAGAUUGAGGAACUUGUUGAAGAGUCUUGCAACCUACUGGUUGGUCGUUCCGACGGUGACCAUUUUGAAGUGGUUGACCAGAAAAACUACUGCAUCAAUUUGAACGCUUGGACAUGCUCAUGUCGUAGGUGGCAGGUAUAUGGCAUUCCAUGCAAACAUGCAUGUGCGGCAAUACUACAGACAGACACAAAUAUUCAUCGAUAUGUCGAUGACUACUUCAUAGUGGACUCUUACCGACAAGCAUAUACAGAAGCCAUAUUCCCAGUACCAGAUAAUGACAAACCAGAUGAUAUCAAUCGCGAACUACUUGUGCGCCCUCCAAUCACCAAGAAGCCAGUUGGUCGGCCAAGACAGAAGCGUCUAGAGUCACAAGCAUCAAUCGUUCACGAAUUACGAUGCAGCCGUUGCCAUGAUGUCUGGUCAUAA